CACGCUUGAAGUUACCGUGCGUGCGAGCAUUUCCCCCUUCACGUCACAAGCCGUUACUCUCGUUACCUCUCUCUCUCUCUCUCUCUCUAACAAUUCGCGAAUCUGCAGAAAGCUCCAUCGCAUAGCAUAGCACACACAGAUUCAUCAAUUUUCAAUUCAUUCACGAAUUUCAGCUUUCUGAUGAUCAACAAGUUCAAAUUCAUGAUAUAAAUUGAAGAAUUAUUCAACAAUUUCGCAAAUUCAGUUGAAAAAUUAGGGUUCUUAGAAAUGGAUGAUAAUCAAGAUUUGAGGUUGAAGAAGAAGAAGAGAUCCAAACCAAUUGAAAUUGAUUUUGAUUCGGAUAACGAUGAGCCGAUUGGUUCUUUGUUUAAGAUUAAGAGGAAUAAGAAGAAGGUUAAUUUUGUUGCAUCAGAGAGUGGAAUUAGGGAAAAUGAUAGUUCUAGGGUUAUGGAUGAUAAUGAACCAUUGGCUAGCUUUAGGAAGAGAUUGAAGGGUCCAAAGAGAGAUCAGGGAUCUGGUUUGAAUGAUGAUUUGGUUGGUGGUGGAUCUGGGAGUGUUUCGAUGGACGAGAAAAAGGUGGAUUUGUUGGUUGGUGAUAAUGAUAUGCAGGUGAAUGAUUCUGCUGAUCAGAAUAUGGAAGAAGAAUCGUUGUCGGUGAUUUUCCAUAAGGUGCAAUCUAAGUCUGUUAAGAAAUCGCGGGGCGUGUUAGGUUUGAAGAAGAAAAGAGGGAAUCGGAAUGUUGAUAGCGGGUUGAAACAUGGAUGCGAAAGUUUAACCGAAAAUGUAGAUUCAAUGGUUGAAAGUAGAUCUGGAUCUGCUUCUGCGUCGAAAUCGGUUGAGGGGAGGCAGGAAUCUGAUACAUUUUGUUCGGUGUCUGCAAUGGAUGAACAAAAGGGUGGUGAUGAAUGUUUUCAAGAGGAAAAGGUGAAGGGUAUCUGUGAUGAUUCAAACAUUCCUGAUGGCUCGUCGGUUGAUCACUCUAAAUCACUUAUCGCCUGUGAUGGAGACAGGCAGCAAUCUGACACGUUUUGUUUGGUGUCUGCAAUGGAUGAACAAAAGGGUGGUGAUGAAUGUUUACAAGAGGAAAGGGUUAAGGGUAUUUAUGAUUCAAACAUUCCAGAUGGAUCGUCGGUUGAUCCCUCUAAUUCAAUUAUCGUUUGUGAUGGAGAUAGGCAGCAAUCGUCAAGUGUACAGGUUGAAGAUGUUUGCCGUGCUUCUGACAAAAAGGUUGCAUUGCAAGAAAAAUUUAAUGAUAAAAGCUUGAAUCAGUGUUCGGACAUGUUACCAGAUGUUGAAGUAAUUGAUACCGGCUCUCCCUCUGACUUGGAGGAUGGGGUAUGUGGACUUUCUGACUCAAAAGAGCUUGAGAAUAAAUCAGUUGAUGCAAUAGCAGAAGAGAAAGUGUGUAAUGGUGCUUCAGAAGGAGGUGUUUCCACUUCCACUGGAAAAGAAAUUUUGUUAACUUGUCACACUGGGCUCUUGAUAGAAUCAAAUGUAAACAUAUUGAAGGAAAAUGAUGCCAUGGUUUCUGGAAAGACUCUCCUGGAAUCAUCAAUCAAUGGAGAUAUAAAAAUGGAUACUGAAUUUGUUUCUGGUGGAAAUUGCUAUGAUUGUAGUACUUCGGAUGCAAAUGCUGAAGUGCAAGAUGUUGUAGGCUGUUCACCUGAAAAAUUUGAUGCAAUUGCCAGUGGUAGUUUAUCCGCUAUUGUGCCUAAUGAUGCCAAUGAAUCUGAAUUGGUUGUCCAGUCAAAUCACCCGGACAAACCUCUGGAAAUGUGCGAUGUUCCAAAAUAUUCUACUGCUUCAAUUCUGAAAUGCAGCUCUGUGUCAGAUCCAAUUCAAUCUGAUGGAUGCUCUAUACAAUCUUCAAUUCCAGAUGAAAAUGGGAACGUUGCAGAAUAUCAUGCCUCUGUGUCUGAUUUUGCUGAUAAUGGUGGUAAGAUAUCAGGCAAUCCUCGUACAAUACGAAAGACCAAAAUGCAUAAGCAUGGUGACAUGACUUAUGAAGGGGAUGCUGAUUGGGAGAUUUUAAUAAAUGAUAAAGCUCUAAAUGAAAGCCAUGGUGCUGCAGAUGGUGAGCGUAGUCUUAAAACAAGAGUGAAGCAGGAUUCCUCUUUGAAUGAUGCCGAGGACUCUGAAAAUGUUGCAGUAGCGGCAGUAUCUGCUGGGCUGAAAGCUUGUGCAGUUUGUCCAAUUGAGAAAAUAAAAUUUAAGGAGAUCUUGAAGCGUAAAGGUGGUCUCAAGGAAUAUUUAGAUUGCAGGAAUCAGAUCUUAAGCUUAUGGAGCAGUGAUGUCACACGUAUUUUACCUCUUUCUGAAUGUGGAGUUGGUGAUGCCCGUUCAGAGAAUGAAAGUUCUCGCUCUUCUCUUAUUAGGGAGGUCUAUGCAUUUCUUGAUCAAUAUGGCUAUAUAAAUGUUGGAGUUGCCUCUCAAAAGAAGAAUGUUGAGAGCAGUGCAAGACAUUGUUAUAAACUUGUAAAAGAAAAAGGAUUCGAGGAAAGUUCCACAGCUUCAUUGGCCGGCUCUGAAGAUGGAGUUUCUUUUAUUGUUGGUCAGACUAAAAUGUCAUAUGCUUCUAUGGAUAUUAACGAUGGCCCAGUAAAGGAUUUUGAAGACCUGGCAACUGAAGCUACAGAAGGCAUGAUGCAUGUUAAUGAAGCAAUGCCGGAUUCAUCAAACAUGGCACAAUAUGAAAGAAAAAAAUAUGAUGACCAGGAAAACGUUGGGAUUCUGGAUGGGUUUCCCGAUUGCAGAUUGAUUUCGCUUGCUGUUGCAAAGCAAAACAAUGAAUCUAAAUGUGUUACACAUGCCUUAGGUGAUCAGAUAGGUGAUACUCUGCAGUCCAAUUUAGAGGCUAAAAAGAGAGUGAUUAUCAUUGGAGCUGGUCCUGCUGGGCUAACCGCUGCUCGCCACUUGAAUCGUCAGGGCUUUACCGUAACUGUGCUUGAGGCUAGGAAUAGAAUAGGAGGUCGGGUAUUUACAGAUCACUCAUCUCUUUCUGUCCCUGUGGAUCUUGGUGCCAGCAUUAUCACAGGUGUAGAGGCUGAUGUGGCCACUGAGAGAAGACCAGAUCCUUCCUCGUUGGUUUGUGCUCAGCUUGGCCUUGAAUUGUCAGUGUUAAACAGUGACUGCCCUCUAUAUGACAUAGUAACUGGACAAAAAGUUCCCGCAGAUAUGGAUGAAGCAUUGGAAGCUGAAUACAACAGUCUUCUUGAUGACAUGGUACUGGUUGUUGCUCGGAAAGGCGAACAAGCAAUGAAAAUGUCUCUUGAAGACGGUUUAGAAUACGCCCUUAAGAUUCGUCGCACGGGACACUCUGAAGGUAGUAAAGAAAUUAAGCAAAGUAACUCUGCAGAUCAUCCAUUUGAUUCCAAAAGAGAUGGUGCUAUGGAACAAAAUUUUGAUGAGGAGAUUUUGGAUCCUCAAGAGAGGAGGGUUAUGGAUUGGCAUUUUGCUCAUUUGGAAUAUGGCUGUGCUUCUUUGCUUAAAGAAGUUUCUCUUCCCCAUUGGAACCAAGACGAUGUGUAUGGAGGAUUUGGGGGACCUCAUUGUAUGAUCAAAGGAGGUUAUAGCACUGUUGUUGAGUCUCUCGGAGAAGGGCUUGUUAUUCACCUGAACCACGCCGUAACAAAUGUGUCAUAUGGUAUCAAGGAACCUGGCGAGAAUAAUAAAGUCAAAGUUUCUACAUUGAAUGGCAGUGAGUUUUUUGGAGAUGCUGUUCUCAUUACUGUCCCACUUGGCUGUUUGAAGGCUGAAACUAUACAGUUCACCCCCUCUUUGCCGGAGUGGAAAUGUUCUUCCAUUCAGCGUCUUGGCUUUGGAGUUCUCAAUAAAGUGAUUUUGGAAUUUCCUACUGUGUUUUGGGAUGAUGCAGUGGACUACUUUGGAGCAACAGCUGAGGAGAGAAGCAAACGAGGUCACUGCUUUAUGUUCUGGAAUGUCAAGAAAACGGUUGGGGCUCCUGUCCUUAUAGCAUUAGUGGUUGGUAAGGCAGCCAUAGAUGGUCAAAGUUUAAGCUCUCAAGAUCAUAUCAACCAUGCAUUGAAGGUUCUUCGAAAACUUUUUGGGGAGGAUUCUGUUCCUGAUCCUGUUGCAUAUGUUGUGACCGAUUGGGGCAGGGAUCCCUAUAGCUUUGGUGCUUACUCUUAUGUUGCUGUUGGAGCAUCAGGAGAAGACUAUGACAUCAUAGGAAGACCAGUUGAUAACUGCUUGUUUUUCGCUGGUGAAGCAACCUGCAAAGAGCACCCUGAUACUGUUGGUGGUGCAAUGAUGAGUGGACUACGAGAGGCUGUUCGCAUAAUUGACAUUUUGAACACCGGAAAUGAUAAUACUGCAGAGGUAGAGGCAUUGGAAGCUGCACAGGGACAGUUGGACACCGAAAGGAAUGAAGUUAGGGAUAUAAUAAAGAGACUUGAUGCACUUGAACUUUCUAACAUAAUGUAUAAGAACUCUUUUGAGGGUGCUCAAAUCUUAACCCGGGAAGCUUUAUUAAGGGAAAUGUUCCUCAAUGUGAAAACCAAUGCUGGGCGCUUGCAUGUGGCCAAACAAUUGCUAAGUCUUCCUAUUGGAAACUUGAAGUCCUUUGCUGGAAGUAAAGAGGGGCUAACUGUUCUCAACUCCUGGAUACUGGACUCAAUGGGCAAGGAUGGUACCCAACUCUUGAGGCAUUGUUUGCGUCUUCUUGUGCGUGUGUCGACUGAUCUAGGUGCUGUACGCUUAUCAGGAAUGGGGAAAACAGUGAAGGAAAAGGUUUGUGUGCACACUAGCCGUGAUAUUCGAGCUAUAGCUAGUCAAUUGGUCAAUGUAUGGCUUGAAAUUUUCCGUAAAGAAAAAGCUUCUAAUGGGGGAUUGAAGUUGUCAAGACAAGCAGCUACUGUAGAAUUAUCAAAGAGAAAAUCUUUAAAAGAAUCAGCUUCGGGAAAGCCUCCUUUGAGCACACAUCAGGGUGCCAUUGAGAAUAAAGGAGGCUUGCUGAAUCCUGUGUCUGCUGGAAGCAAUUCACCUUCCACCACACAUGCGAAGAAAUUACACAGCAAACAAGGACGACAACCAUCAGGAUGUGACUCAAGGCAUGAAGUCAGUUCUUCCAGGUCCCAAGGUUCAAUAGACAAAAUAGCUACUAAGGAGGAAAGAAACCACUAUGCAAUGUCUGAAGAAGAAAAGGCUGCUUUAGCUGCUGCAGAAGCUGCCCGUACUCAAGCAAUUGCUGCUGCUCAGGCAUAUGCCUCUGCAGAAGCUAGGUGCAGUACACUGUUACAGCUUCCGAAGAUACCCUCAUUCCAUAAGUUUGCUAGACGGGAACAGUAUUCACAAAAUGAUGAGUAUGAUAGUAGAAAAAAGUUGUCUGGUGGUUUUUUUGGAAGGCAAGAUUGUGUUUCCGAGAUUGAUUCUAGGAAUUGCAGAGUCAGGGACUGGUCUGUUGAUUUUUCCACUGCCUGUGUAAAUCUUGAUAAUUCUAAUAUACCAGUUGACAACCUCUCACAGAGGAGUCAUUCUAAUGAGAUCGCCAGUCAUUUGAAUUUCGGAGAGCGCUCAGGAGAAAGUGCUGCCGUGGACAGCAAUCUAUAUACAAAAGCUUGGAUUGACACAACUGGUGAUGGGGUAGUAAAAGACCAUCUUGCCAUAGAGAGAUGGCAAUCUCAAGCAGCUGAAGCCGAUUCUCAUUUUUCUAAUCCAACCAGUCAUUUGAAGGAUGAGGAGGACUCAAAUGCCUAUUCAAGCUUACCCAGCUGGAAACAUGAGGGUAUAGCAAAUGAGAGCUCUGUUUCCCAGGUUACUGUAAAUAAGGAGGCCCUUAAAGGUCACUCUAGAGGAGCAGAUCAUAUUAAACAGGCUGUUGUUGACUAUGUUGGAUCACUACUUAUGCCCCUGUAUAAGGCUAGGAAGCUAGACAAGGAUGGAUACAAGGCAAUAAUGAAGAAAAGUGCAACAAAGGUUAUGGAGCAAGCAACGGAUGCAGAAAAAGCCAUGACUGUUCGUGACUUUCUAGAUUUUAAGCGAAGGAAUAAGAUUCGCUCCUUUGUGGAUGUAUUGAUUGAAAGACAUAUGGCAACAAAACCUGGUACAAAAUCUUAAUAUUCUUUCAGUUGCAUGGCCUGUACUUUUUUGUGGUUCUGCACAAGGGUUCUUCUUGCAAUUCUUGGUUUGGAUGGUCGUUACCAAUGAUCCAGAAGCUGCAAUAGAUGUAACUGAUAGAAGUUGAUCGAUCCAAAUCAAGUGGGCUCUGGAAAAUUGCUGUCUUGGCAACCAUGAACAGAAUAAAGGUGCCAGAUAAAAGUUGAUCGAUCCAAAUCAAGUGGCUCUGGAACUUUGUUUUCCUGGCAAGUGACAAUCUUAAACAGAAUACUAAAUUCUAAUGGUGGAUUACCUGUAAACUCAGUGCAUGCAUCUGUUAGAUCUUUUGGCUGACCUGAUUUGAACAACAGAUUGGAGUUAUCUGUUAUUAUUACUUCAUCUUUCAUUGUCGUUUAUACCUUCGUGCUUGAAAUCUUAGACCCCAUUUUUAUUAAAGGGGUUCCCAAUCGGAAAACAUCAAUUGACCUUAUCGAUUCUUCUAUUUGCACAGCGUAGGAUUGUUCCUAUGAUGAAAAACAUACAAAUUUCAUUUCUCAUGUUCUUCGAGAAACAUUUCUUCUUAUAUAAGUUUUACAUCAAUCAGUGACUGUUAUUUUCUUCAGAGUGGGACGAAUGCCAACUUUUGUAAGAUACUUUGUUGCACUAAUCAUUAUCUUCUCCAUUUCUAUCUCCCUCCUUGUUUGUUUGUGGUGCACAUGAGUACCCUGCCUACUUGGGGUUCCACUUAAGUGACUUUGAGUUUGGUGACUUUGUCUCUAUCUCUCUCCUAACCAAUCACUCUCUUUUAUCAAAAUAAUUUAUUUUAAUCAUUUAUAUAUCAAUCAAAUACAUUAAACUCACCAAAACUCAAAGUCACCAAAGUAUUUUCUGCCUAUUUGUAUUGAGUCAGCUUCCAAGUUUGCACAUCAAAAAUAAAUAAAUAGAAAUUUCACAUCCUUAUCUACCCAGCCCACCAAUUUAGCUAUAAUUAUGGUUCAUAGGAUUGUGCCAUGAGAUACCCAACAGCACAGGUUUAUGUUAUAUGCAACUCAUUGGUCAUUGUUCAAUCUUGACCGUUCUCUUGUGCUGAUUAUUGCUUACACUUCUUUCAUAGGUUGCUAGGCUGAGAAAGAUUAUGUUAAUCACUGAUGGGAGGUGGUAAUACAUACUUUCGCUGUGAUUUGGUGUUCUCUUGCAACUCUUACUUUCACAACCAAUUUUCAGACUGUCUACACACCAGCAGUAUGUAAAUCUUGGAUUUAAAAAUUAUCGCUGCCAGGGAAAUUAUAUUCCAUUGGCUGUAUCCUGGGGUCAAUUACUUCAAACUAAGCCGAGAUCGAAACAUAAACAUACUGUUCUACCGGGCAAUGGGAUAAAAGUGCAUGAUUUGGUGCCUUGAUUCUAUAAUUCCAAACUUUAUGGUACGAUGUGUACAAAAAUAGCUACGGAUGAAACAAGCAGUCUUGUUUGAAUGGAUUGACCAAUUGUUGCUGCCUAUGGAAAUGCUGUAUGCAGGCUAAACUAUCUCACAUUCAUGUAUAUAGAGGGGGUUUGGCCCUUGGAGGCUCCUGCCAAUUUUUAUUUGAAAACUUGAUUCAAUAUAAUUUUUAUAUUGUUGGAGAUGUAGGAAUACCAGAGACAACGGCAUGCAUCAUAUAUAAUAUCGUAAAAAUGGUACUAUAUGUUCCUCCCUUAUUAUAUGACUCAUUUAGAAAGUUCACACUUAUGAAGAAAUGUAAUUUAGCAAUAAAUCUGUAAAAGAAUUCACGUUCCUUUUUCAUAAUUAUUCCAACAAUUAUUGAUCUCAUAAAAGAAAACAAAUUUAUGUCUCUCAAUUGUAAAUUUAAAAAGGCAUUGAAUUAAGGGCAUUGUGACGCUCUUUUCCUUCA